UGAGUGAGUGAGUGAGUGUGUGGCUGUUUGAUAGGACGGCGUGGUGGUGAAGAAGAAAAAGAAGAAGACUUGAGGAAGGUUUGUGUCACCUUGUUGAAGAACAGGUGCAUCGGUUGCCUUCGCACACGAUGGUGGACGGGGAAGUGGACCGUGUACGGAACACUCCCUCGGUUUGAUGCAUUGUGCUCGUUUUAGUGGAGAAUGAUGGUGGGCGUAGAUGAAUAUUCAUUCGAAUGGCCUCGGUCCCCCCCAAAGGAAGCAAUUCAUCUAAGCAGUUUCCACCGCACCUGCCAGCUCGGGACGAGGCGACAAUCGUCGUCAUCUCCAUGGGAAACUAAGGUUGGAGCCAAGGUUAGAACUCGCAACUCUAUCUCAACCGCCGUCGGCAUCAGCCGUUCGUCGCCCCUGGCGCCUGAUAGAGUUAUUAGCUGGGAUCCAUUUGCAUUCCCCGAGCUCUUGCAGGUGCCAAGCAAACCUUUACCACAACCCUCCAUGACUUCAAUAUCAGCGAAGGGUCUCCGGAGCUCGUCUUCUCUGCAUGAUCUGGGCCCCAUGCGCAUAAAAGUCAAGACGAGGCAUGUUGGAAUACUCAACAUGAUGACACCAUCACUCGUUCCUGGUCAUCUACAUCCUUUCAGGUUUUGGAAAUUGGGCCGGGUGGCUCCGUUUUCCCCUCUGGAAGCUUUCUACGGCAAGACGAGAACUGUUUAGCAAUCGCGAUUGACCAAAGUCACUGCCUCCAGAUGCGUCGGCCCGCACCAGUCUAUCAACAAACAUCUAGUGGGAAUCGUCUCACUAAGCGGUCUCAGUUACAAGAUGAAACGGUUCUCCCAGAAAGGACGUCCAGACGGAGAACCGCAUGUCUCCCAGACGACCGUUGGAGAUGAUCUCGUGGGAACACUCCACUGUGACGCGAAGCCUUUCACGUUACCUCUCGCAGCCCGGGCAACACUUGUCCAUUGACGAAGACCUGGGAACUG